CAAGGUCACGUCCUGCACAACCCCCUUCCCCCCUCCACCUUCUAUCACAGCAAAGACAGGGCCUCAGUAAGUUCCGCCGAUUAUAUAUAUAUUUUUAAGUCUCCGUAUUUUCUGACUUGGGGUUUAUGUGAAACCUUAGUCAAACGGUCCACCACAGCUUCUUUUCUCGGGGGGUAACGGAAUAGGCCUACAACUCCCAGGUGGCUCAGCGCGCGCCUGUCGGACUACAACUCCCAGCAGGCAGCGCGGCGGGCGGGCGGCCCUCGGCGGUGCCCGCAGGACCCCGGAGCGGGCGCGGGCUGCCCGGCGCGGCGCCCGCAGGACCCCGGCACCUACUCAUGCCUAGGUGAGUUCGCGUGAGCCGCCGCUGCCGCCGUCCCGUCCCCGCCGCCGCCCCGCGCGGCCCCGCCGCCGGCCAGGAUGCUGGAGGAAGCAGGAGAGGUGCUGGAGAACAUGCUGAAGGCGUCCUGCCUGCCGCUCGGCUUCAUCGUCUUCCUGCCCGCCGUGCUGCUGCUCGUGGCGCCGCCGCUGCCCGCCGCUGACGCGGCGCACGAGUUCACCGUGUACCGCAUGCAGCAGUACGACCUGCAGGGACAGCCCUACGGCACGCGGAACGCGGUGCUUAACACGGAGGCGCGCACCAUCGAUGCGGACGUGCUGAGCCGGCGCUGUGUGCUCAUGCGGCUGCUGGACUUCUCGUACGAGCGCUACCAGCGCGCCCUACGCCAGUCGGCCGGUGCCGUGGUCAUCAUCCUGCCACGGGCCAUGGCUGCGGUGCCGCAGGAUGUCAUCCGGCAAUUCAUGGAGAUCGAGCCCGAGAUGCUGGCCAUGGAGACCAUCGUGCCCGUGUACUUCGCCGUGGAGGACGACGCCCUGCUGUCCAUCUACGAGCAGACGCAGGCUGCGUCCACCUCCCAGGGCUCCGCCUCAGCCGCCGAAGUGCUGCUGCACACCGCCACCGCCAACGGCUUCCAGAUGGUCACUAGCGGGGUCCAGAGCAAGGCCGUGAGCGACUGGCUCAUCACCAGCGUGGAGGGGCGGCUGACCGGGCUGGGCGGAGAGGACCUGCCCACCAUCGUCAUCGUGGCCCACUACGACGCCUUCGGGGUGGCCCCGUGGCUGUCGCACGGCGCGGACUCCAAUGGAAGUGGCAUCUCUGUGCUGCUGGAGCUCACCCGUCUCUUCUCCAGGCUCUAUACCUACAAGCGCACCCACGCCGCGUACAACCUCCUGUUCUUUGCGUCUGGAGGAGGAAAGUUCAACUACCAGGGCACCAAGCGCUGGUUAGAAGACAAUCUGGACCACACAGAUUCCAGCCUGCUCCAGGACAACGUGGCCUUUGUCCUCUGCCUGGACACCCUGGGCCGGGGGGACAGCCUGCACCUGCAUGUGUCCAAGCCGCCCAGGGAGGGGACGCUACAGCACUCCUUCCUGCGGGAGCUCGAGACGGUGGCCGCCCACCAGUUCCCUGAGGUGCGGUUCUCCAUGGUGCACAAGAAGAUCAACCUGGCGGAGGACAUCCUGGCCUGGGAGCAUGAGCGCUUCGCCAUCCGCCGGCUGCCUGCCUUCACCCUGUCCCAUCUGGAGAGCCACCGUGACGGCCAGCGCAGCAGCAUCAUGGACGUGCGGUCCCGGGUUGACUCCAAAACUCUGACCCGAAACACGAGGCUGAUCGCCGAGGCCCUGACCCGUGUCAUCUACAACCUGACAGAGAAGGGGACGCCCCCGGACAUGCCAGUCUUCACGGAGCAGAUGCAGAUCCAGCGGGAACAGCUGGACUCGGUGAUGGACUGGCUGACCGCCCAGCCGCGGGCCGCCCAGCUGGUGGGCAAGGACGGCACGUUCCUCAGCACGUUGCAGCACCACCUCGGCCACUACCUGAAGGAGGUCAGGCCGCACCACGUCAAGGCAGACAAGCGGGAUCCUGAGUUUGUCUUCUACGACCAGCUGAAGCAGGUGAUGAACGCCUACAGGGUCAAGCCGGCCAUUUUCGACCUGCUUCUGGCCGUCUGCAUCGGCGCCUACCUCGGGAUGGCCUACACGGCGGUCCAGCACUUCGACCUCCUGUACAAAACAGUUCAGAGACUGCUGAAGGCCAAGACGCAGUGACGCGGCUGCUGGGCGCCGGCAGGAGGGCAGGCCUUGCCCUGCGGCCUCGGCGGCUGUAACCCCGAAUUACAGAGCUUUUCUGUGUGCUCUUGAGGAUUUGGGGGCUUCUUUCUCUUGUUUAUCCUUUGAGCUCCCUCGGAGGAGCGCUGGUGGAGGUCUGUCUGGUCUGGGGCCUGGCCGCGGACUCGGGGACAGACGUGUGGAUGAGCCCCUGCCCUGGAGUCGGCCCCGUGGCCCUCGGGGCGCGUAAGCCACGCCAGGAAAGAGGAACUGUGCUCAGCCUCGGCCUCACCCCCGCCCGUGAUGCUGACCGUGGACCUGGUGGUCGCAGGCCAACAGGGUCAGGGCCAGGCCACCCCCGUGCUGGCUCUGCGUCUGACCUCGAGGCUGUCCCCACCCCCUCCGUCGACCCGGGUACUCCCUUCCCUCCCGUCUGGAGAGGGUGGCACCGCCUCUGGGUCCCCAGGUUCUGGCCGCCCCCUCGCAGCCUUGUGCCCUCACCCAGCUGGCCCUGGGACACGACUCCCCUGAGCCCCCUUGGGCGGCUGGCGCCUUGAACACCUGGCAGCCUCCCCAGGGGCCCUUGCGCUGCUCACCCUGCUUCGCGCUGCCUCUGCCCCUCCUGCCCCUGCCCCGGACUCUUGGGGCUCCGCGCUCAGCCUGUCCCCCUGCGGAGCUCCCGGGGUGGGGGGCGGCCCCUCUACCCCUUUCCCUGGGCCUUGGUUUCCUCAUAUGCAAGGAGGAGGAUGCUUUUGGGGGGAGUGGGCACCCCCCCAUCCCAGGAGGAGACGUGACCAUGGGAGCAGCUCUUCCUGCGACCAUGAGGGGGCGGGUCUGGGCCUGAGCCCCACAAACCAGGUGCCUGGUGGGGCCUGAGCCGCUCGGAAGGGGUGGAGGGGGCAGGGCUGGGACUGACCUCAGGGAGACCCAGAUUCAUUAGCAAUACAGUCAGUUAAGUGUUGAGUGCUGGGGGGCCAGGGUCCAGGAGAGGGGACUCCAGGGGCCUCCUGGCCACCAUGGAGGGCUUGCCUGCCUUCCAGUUCUGAGGGGCCUGGAGGGGCUGGGGACUGGCUCGCUCCCAAAGCCUCCCGACGCUCACUGGAGGGAACGGGUUCCUGGGGGCUCCUGGCUCGGCUGGACCGUCCUGUCAGGCCUGGGAGGGGCAGGCGUGGAGGCUGCAGGUCCUCUGUCUCAUCCCACCCUCUCCCUGCCCGGUGGCCCAUCUCCCCCAAAGACUGUUUACCGAGUGCCCCGCCACCUCUGGGGCGGGUAUGGGCCCGGCCCCACCUGGCCCAUCCUAUCCUUCCCCACAUGUGAGUGUGUGAGCUGUGGACGAGCUGUGGUUGCCGCGUGAGCGUCCUUCCUCCCCAGGGCGCAUGGUCAGGAUAGCUGACCAGUUGGAGUCAGGAUGCUUGUGGGACGCGGCCGGACGAUCAGAAAUAAAGCCAUAAUGAAUGACA